AAGUGGAAUUUCUCAUUGGCGUUGCUUGGUCACACUACCAAGAAUCCAGCGAAAGUUUUGUUUAUUUUUUUGGGUCCCAAUUUCUCCUGCUGGAAUAAUGCUAAAUGCCAAGAUCGGGAAGGUCGGCAAGGUACUGGUGUGCGGGAUGAAGGGCGUGGGCAAGACGGCGCUGAUAGAGCAGCUGGUCUACGGCCACGUCAAUCCCGAAACGGAACUGCAUCCAACCAUUGAGGAUAUCUACGUGGCCAGCGUGGAUACAGGCAGGGGCGGAGCCCGAGAGACCCUGCGCAUCUACGACACGGCCGGAUUGCAGGGCGAGCAGCAGCAGCUGCCACGCCACUACCUUCAGUUUCCAGAUGCAUUCGUUCUGGUCUACGAUCCCAUGGAUCCGCGCAGCCUUGACAUGCUGGCCGACAUCAAGGCUGACAUUGAGAAGCACAAGGAGAAGAAGGAGAUUCCCGUUGUGGUGCUGGCCAACGUGAGGGCACGAGCAGCCCCAAAUCCCGUCGAGAAGGUCAUGGACCGCGCCAACAUCUGGUGCCAGCGAGAGCGCAUAAAGCACUACACGGUGAACGCCAUGGAGCGUCCCUCCCUCUACGAGCCAUUCACCACGCUCUGCGCCCGGCUGCACCCAAUGCAGACGAAGAGCACGUUCCCUCAGCUGCGCCAAGUUAUGCAGAACCGGCAGAAGAGCGAGGCUUAGCUGUUUUGAACGGACGAAAGGGAAGAGAUAUAAUUUAAGUUUUAUUCGGGAGUGUCCCAAUAAUCUCCGAUACUUAACAGUAGCUAUGAAUGCCACAGAUUUGGCUUUAAGUUCAAGAGAUCCUUGGGAUCUCCCCAAUCGUACUCGUAUUGAUCCAUUUAGAGUCUACUUGCCUUGUAUUAACUGUUGUGCUUUAAUGUGGGCCAGAGCCCAAGCCACUUGUACUUAUGUCUCUUUGUGUGUGUCCAAUUGUAUCUACUAUUUAUUACACCGACAUGUCUUCUCUCAUUCCGCGAGAAUUAAGCGUAAUCAGUAUUCACUGCUCAAUCGCAGCUCAAAUGGCGCGUAGUGAUUAAAUAACCAUGCCGAAAUUCUGCUCUACGGCAAUCCCCUUGGAUCAGUCGUCUGCAAGCCCCUUCCUCGAGCGCAAUGCUUUCGCGUGCCGCUUUUCUUACUGUUCUCCUAACGCUGAUCUAUGCCAGCCAUGCGGCUGCGGGAUUGAGCAUUACAGUUCCGGGCACAAAGUGGUGUGGACCCGGGAACAUAGCAGCCAACUACGAUGACCUGGGCACUGAGCGCGAAGUGGACACGUGCUGCCGGGCGCACGACAACUGUGAGGAGAAGAUUCCGCCGCUGGAGGAAGCCUUUGGCCUGAGAAACGACGGGUUUUUCCCCAUAUUCUCGUGUGCCUGCGAGUCGGCCUUCCGGAACUGCCUCACCGCUCUGCGAAACGGACACUCCCUGGCUCUUGGCAAAAUCUACUUCAACACCAAGGAGGUGUGCUUUGGCUACGGGCAUCCCAUCGUUUCCUGCCAGGAGAAGCAGGCCGACCUGUUCGAGACACGAUGUCUCAGCUACCGAGUGGACGAAGGUCAGCCGCAGCGCUGGCAGUUCUACGACUUGGCCCUCUACACACACGUAAGCGGCAGCGAGGAGGACUCCCGAGAUUGAACUUCGACGUCCGGCGAUAAGCCCUCAAUUGUUUACAAAACAGAUUGUGCGGGGAGCGAAACCUAAUGUGAUUAGGAUUUUGACGGUAGGUUAUUUGUGUAAUAAAUUUUCGAAGCUUAAGGCUAAGUAGCCUGGAAUUAUAUUAAAAACUGAAUUCGGAGGCUCAAUUAAAGUUCAAAAUGAUCAAG